AUAGAGCGUUGCCAGUGUCCUGAGUCCCAGCCAAAGAGACGCAUUCAUCCUCAAAACCGCUCCCCCGCCCAAGGUUUCUCAGUCCCUGUUUCACGAGAAACACAGUGGCGAGCACCACGUACUUCUCCAAAGGACGUCUAAGACUGGCUGUUUGUUCUGAGCUGUAGCACCGGGAAAGAAGACUUCACCGCUGGCCCCAGACUCGACUUCCGGUCAGGCAGUUGCGGCGGAACCGCCGCGGUCACCGCUGGAGCUCGCCUGGCUGCCGAGAGCCGUCGAGUCAGCGUGGCUCGCGGACCACGGCCGUCCUUCACCAAGCGGCUCCACCGCCACAGCGCCCACCAGCAGCAGCCAGCUGCCGGCUGUUCCCGAAACGGCCCUUCCCUGUGCCCAAGUCAAGUCAAGCCUCUUUCGCCGGCCGCUUGGCUCAGUUUCAAUACAGUCUUAGAGAGUAAAGAUAAAAGAGUCAUCAUGAAAAAGAUCUCAAAGAGAAGAGAAGAAAUUUUUAGAAAGAUGUCAGAAGCCGCAUGCAGCCCCAAUACUGAAGAAAUAACAGACAGGCGUCUGCCAAAAGAAGAAAAUCGAAACAUAACAGAGACACUGAGAGGCAAAGUUAGAGAAAAACUAAAAAACGCUAAGAUCAGUCAAGGUGAAAAGUCUUCAGUUGAGCUGCUCACUGACACAAAGAUUCAUAGAUGGUCUAAGACUGAAUUCAUGCUGGAUGAAGGUCUUUCAUUUUUCAUCGUGAGUGGGGAAGAAGACUCAGCCAUGAGCUGGUCUUCACAGCAGAAAACAGUAAACGAUAGUUACUUCAAACACUCUGCAUUUGGUGGCAGUUUACAAAAUGUUGCUGAAAACCAAGAUGAGGAUUUUAUGGAAGAAGUAAUUUUAACAGAUUUAUUUGAAGUGAAAGCUGCAGAAUAUGAAGAUGAUCAAGAACAGAUUAAAAAACAGGAGGCAAAUAUUUUUGUGCCAAGUAGUUCUCCAGUGGCCAGCCAGCGUAAACUGCCAAAAGGCAUGAUGCCUCGCAUUUUAGAAGAUGAAGGAUUAUACAUUAAGAGAAAGCCAGCGACAUAUAAAAAGAUGUGCAACAAAAUGGAAAAUCGCCUGCUUAGCCUCCAGGAGGGAAAACGUUGGUUUGAAGAAAGUGGAGAAAUAAUGUCACUACCUUCACCUAUUAGACAGUCUUGGAAUUUUAGGCUCAGCACAAGCAAGGAAUCUGUGAACCCAGCACUAAUGACCAUACACAGAAAGGCAGUGAAGUCUGACCUGGGAUGCUGUUUCCGGAGCAGAAUGGACGGCCACAGGGAAAUGUACCAGUUAGAUCUUAACAUCGUGGGCUUGCAGUUCAGCCAUCACCCGCUCUUCAAUCAAGAACAAGUCCUGUGUGCCAGACUGCUCCAGCUCUGCGAGUCUCUCCAGGAAAGGCAGAAGCAGAGUUUAUCCCAGCUGCUCUAUGAGAAGCUAAAAGCACUGACAGAUGCUACCAAGCUAGCAAGCAAAAAUACAGAAAUAAACCAGUUAACCGGAAAAUCAUUAAAAGAUUAUUAUUGGCAGAUAAGCAACACAAAGCAGCUAUAUGAUACAGAAAGGGAAAAGGACCUCUGCCUGCUGCACAGUGUUUUACAGACUUGGAAACAGAUGAAAUCUCUCCGGCAAAAGCAAGGAUUUACAAGCACCCCAGUAAAACUGCAGUUCCAUAGGAUAAAAAUGAACACAUGGGAUGAGCAGAACCAAGCGGCGCUGUCAGAAGUACCUGGGGAAAAGAGUAAAGAGACGCCUUUUCAGAAUGAAGACACAGAGGAGACCCUCUCUGAUUCAGCUUCAGACCUUGAAGGAAUGGAGAUAGAGAGAACAAAGCCAGUCGCUCUGGUGCCACAACUCUCUUUCACAGCAGAAUUGACGCACUUAGCCAAGUGUUCCUUAUAUGAGCAAAAGAGGAGAGCCAAAAUCCAGAAGCUUAGAUAUUUUAUCAAAAUAUUUUACAAUGGCAAACAGGUUUCCUGCACUUCAGUAUCUCCCCUACAAUUUGAUUUUAAAGUCAUGUUUCAACAAAUUUUUAACAUUCAGCUAAUAUACUGGCCCGAAACAAUUUGCUUGGAGGUCUACGAAGUAAAUAAAAGGACAAACUUACUGGUCAAACUAUAUCUGCCUUUACCUAACAAGACAGAGCUGAAAGGCAAGACUGUCCUGGAAUAUACAGAAUUUAGUUCUGAUAAACUGGUCCUACCUAUGGAUGGAGGCGUAGGAAGCAAUGUGCCUUUUAAUCUCGAGGGAGGUGAGAAUGAAGAAGUUUGCCUUUUAACCUCAGGAAAACUUAGCUAUUCCCUCUCAUGGGCUUUAGAUGAAAAUGGAAUCCCGCUGACACCUGUGUCACAGUCGCUGAGAUCCGCUUACUCUAGUGUGCUUAGGAAUGUUGAUGCGAGAAGUGUUCCUGGACUCCCGUGGAUCGUGAAUUCACAAAAGCUUUGUGACUGGGCAGAUGACAUCAGGAUUGAUCCAAAUAACCCAGAGUAUUCAGAUAUAACAGAACUUAUUAUGUACUUGAGACACAAAGGACAGGAAAUUCCAAAAUAUUUCCGUCUCGAGCAGUUGCAAGAUGAAUUUAACUUUGUGUCUGAGGAAGAAAUGAAAAGGAGCAAACGCUUCCAGCUGCUGCAGCUGAGAAAUGCAGGCCAGCUAGAUCUCUUCCUCCUGCAGCAGAUGCCCCUCUAUGACAGAGAGAUUCCAGACAUAGUCUUCCAGGAGUAUGAAAGUCAGGCGCAGAGGGAUAUCUCCAUUUCAGAUGUGAACUCCAUUACUGCGCAAAGGAUUAAUUCUGUCAAAUUUCUGAGAAAGAUGAGAAGGUUGAUAAUGAAAAAAAUCAUCAAAAUCAGCAAAUUUAACUUGUCAGAUAUUGUGGCUGACUACGAAGAAAUUGUAUCUACAAGCCAGUUGACAGAUGUGAUUUGUAAGUUCAUUGAACCACGAAGGAAGUUAAAACCCCAGAGGAAAGAAAGAAGAAAAGUCACGGUACAGAGCAUCUCUGAUGGAGACAUCAAGAUUCUUGUCAGGAUCCUGAGGGCCUAUAACAUUCCUACCAGAAAAACGGUGUCUUAUAGAACUUUGAGUAUGCCUACUUACCUGAAGUCAUCCAUGUCUCGCCUCAGACACCAAAAAGCAACCAAAUUCGUAGCUUCGAAUGACAUCUUAAAUGAGGAUACUGUGCACCCUUUCAUAGAAGUUUCUUUUCAACACACUGUAUAUCAAACCAACACUGCAAACGGAUCUCACCCAUGCUGGAAUGAAGAAAUCAAGGUAGAUUUCACCUCACCAGGACACGAUUACAGCUUCUCUAGUUUAUCUAAAAUAAAAGAUGACAUACACAUCAAUGUUUUUGAUGAAGUAGUGAUCGAAAAACAUGAGGAUCAUUGUCUCAAGAGCUGCAGUGCUCACUCGUACAUACAGAAGAACUGGCUGGGCUCCAUCAGCUUCCCUUUCUCGGCACUUCUACAACAGUCUGAGAUUAGCGGGACAUUUCAAGUGAACAUCCCACCCAUUUUGCUCGGGUACACCUGGAGUAACACCUACAUUCCUCCGAGAGAAGACUGCAGUGGGCAGAACGCAAAAGAGUGUACCUUUCUAAAUAUUUUUGCUACAAUCGAACCUCAGAUAUCAUAUGUCACAUACAAUAGGAAACUAGAUGAGUUUUCAGAUCAAAUAGACAUUUUGCAUCGAGCACAGACUUUUGCCAGGAAUUGUAAGGCAAUGUUUCCCAACCGAAGAGUCUUGACAACUGUUUUUAAUGGUGAAGGGAUGCAAAUCCUAGUCACAAGAUACAUCAAGGCACUGAAUCCACCCCAGCAACUUCUGGAUAUAUUUCUUCAUGACUCAAAUGCAACACUUGACCUCAUCGCCCGCUUUGUAUCUUUGAUUCCUUUUACGGCAGAAACACUAGAUGAAAAUGAUGGUUCUGACAUAUGGAUGACAUCAGAGUGCUGCAUCAGUUUGGCUAUUGGAAAUAAAGAAGAGCAUGCCAUACUUCUCUGUAAUUUCUUCCUGUACUUCGGAAAGAAGGCAUUGGUGAUCUUGGGGACCUCAGUACUAGAAGGGCAUGUGGCUUAUGUAUUAACGCAAGAAACGGGCGAGUGUUUGCUUUGGAAUCCAUCAACAGGGCAAUGUCAUAAGCAGUUUGACCCAUUUUGUCCCCUGCAAAGUGUGGACUGUUUGUUCAAUGAUAAAAAUGUCUGGUUUAAUAUUCAACUAAAUAAUACACCGAUGGCUGUGCAUUUUGACUAUUCAAAAGAAAGCUUCUGGAAACAGUUGCUUCCAAAAAACUUUCAGGGGAACAAAGCCCAGAGUGUGCAGCCUGAGGAAAUAGUCUAUUCUGACACCAAUAAAGGCAUGGUGGAAGAUCUGAAGAGCAGGAUAGAAAGAGCGCUUAAGUGUAAGAUGAUGGAAUGGCGGCCUAAACACCCAACACGCUGGAAUCGACAGUGCACUUCUGUUUUGCGACAAAUCCUCCCUAAACUAGAGUUUUACACAGGAAGUUUUGCUUCAUUUGAAGACAGUGAGUUGGAAAGGCUGCUACAGUUUUAUUGGGUCACAGGUUUUCCCAUCCAGAUGCCCUACACAGAUGUCCAGGCAGUCAUUGAUGCUGUGUACCAGACUGGAAUUCACUCUUCUGAAUUUCCCCAGACAGAAUUUGCUUUAGCUGUGUAUAUUCAUCCAUACCCAAACAACAUUUUAUCUGUGUGGGUCUAUUUGGCUUCCUUAGCUCGACAUCAGUGAAACAGAAAAAGGGACAAGGCAAAGAGUACUAUGCUCCCCUAGACCCAAGCUUUCCUGACACCUUGAGAUUUUGCUGCUUAUUUUCAAGUUCAUCGGUGCUGGGCAUGAUUUGGAUUCCUAUGUAGAGCUGGGAACUAUGGAGACCACAUCAGCACCUCUUCCCUAGCGUUUGAUGGAUGAUGAGUCUAGAUGACCUCCGUACCGACACCUCUUACCCCUUCUGGGAGACUCCUCGGGUAUUCUGGCUGCGUUGUGUACCACGGUCCACUUCAGGUCUCCUUCUGGAAAAGCACAAUUCCAGUGUGCUCCCUGAGGUGGUGUCGCCUCCAUCGGAGCCACCUGGGGAGUCUUAUUAAGAAAGACAAUUCCUAGAUCCACCCAAGACUCCCUGAAUCAGACAUUCUGAUAGGAGAGCAGCACUGUUCUCAGCGAGCUCCCGAGCAACUGUGAUUCCCCUGUUGAGUGACAACCCCCUUGCAGAGUAUCAUCAGUACUCAUGAGACACGGGGACAUUCGAUGCUAGUUCUGGUACAAUUCCAGGUGGAAACUCCUGAGGGAACCCUGAGGUCAUGUUCUAGUCUGAAAGCCAGCAGGCUCAAGAUGUAAAAAAGCCUGUUUAGAUUUAGUUUAAAGGCCGGAAAAGACCUAUGUCCCAGCUGAAAGAAAUUAAGCAGGAAGAAAUCCCUCCCACUCGGUUUCGGAAAAGCAGCCUUUUAAUUCUACUCAGACCUCCAUCUGACUAGAUGAGGACUACCUACAUUCAGAAGGGCAAUCAGGUUUACUCAGCUUACCAAGACACAUAUUCCCCAAUCCAGCCCUUCACAUGUACAUCCCGGAUUGUCUAAUCAGUGGGUACCCUGUGGCCCGGUCAGGUAGAUACAUAAUAACACUCUAUGUCAAUUGUAACCAGAAGUAAAAAUGUACAGACAAUUUUAAUUUUGGAGCACUCCCUAGCAAAUUACCUAUUAUAAAUAUCUGCAGAUUUUAGUCCCUAUUUUUGAGAAUAGCAUAAAGACUAUCCUGAAUAUUCUGCAUCAUAGUGGCUUAAAUAUGGUCUGGGAUCUUCCAUAUUAAGUUUAUUACAGGUGUGAUCUACCUUUCCUCAAUCAGUCCCUCUGCCAAGUGCCAAAUAAUGUAAAGAAGGAUGGCAGGCACCAUAGCAAGAAGACCGACCAGUGAACAGGCUUAUCCAAAUCUGAGUGGGGGAGAUGGCGUUGUAGACAGAGAGGCUUGGGUGUGAAUGUAGUUGCAGUAACUUAAAUACUUCGCAGAUGUAAACUUGUACCAAGGAAACAAAUCAAGAACAGCCUGGGGCUUCUGGCUCCUGGAAUUUUGUAUGUAAAAGAAUUCGAUGGAGCCCAAGAAGAAUCCUGAAUGCUCCAUUACAGUAUGUCCACGAGACUAGAACAUAGGACAAAAACAAGGUUCACAGUAUAAUACGAACAAGCUGCCAUUUAUCAUACAAAGUGAGCCAAGGGGUCACACUGAUGUGCUGUUAUAAAGACCUGUAUAUUCCUGGGAAGGUACAAGAAGGG